UUGAGGAAUUUUAAAUUUGAAUGUUUAUUAUUGUUUAUGUUAUUGAAGAAAUCCAAAAAUCUUGUAUUCGUUAUUUCAAAAUUGGAUAAUAAUGUCAGAUGAUAAUCGAUUAGCAGCAGACGAAUACGAAAAGCAGUAUUAUGGAUUCAGUUCUACAGAAAUUAUCGAAGAUUUUAAAGAGCAUGUAACUGGUGUGAUAAAAAGAGCAUUAAUAGAUGUAAAGAACGCGAUAUCAGAAGAAACGAAUACUCCAUAUGAUAAGGAAUCUUUGGAUACCAUAAUUCAAGAGUUAUAUGAAGCUUACUUGAAUAGUGCCAGAAAUCCUAUUGAAAGUUUUGAAGCAGAAGCAAGAAACAUAUUUGCAAUACCAAAAAAUGUUAUUCUUGAAGAAGACAAGCUGAGAAGAACUAAUUAUUCUGAUGAAGAUAUCAAUAAGUUGAAAUGUGAAGUUGCAAAACUUGAGAAUGAUCUAAUACAGGAAAAAGUUUAUCUAGCCAAAUGCAUGCAGGUGAAAGAAUACAUUGAGAAAACAAUAAAACCUAUCUAUGAAAAAGUGAACAUGCACCUUUCAGUUGCAAAAAGAAUGCCUAAACAGACUGAUGAAUCAGAGGAGGCUAAUCAACAGAAAAUCAUACAAGUGCAUGAGGCACAUGUUCAAGGUUAUUUCAAUAGGAUAAGGAUCAGUGGAGAGCAAUCUAGAAGUAGAGCUUUAACAGAUUUCAAAACUUCUAAUUUUUAUUUUGACUGAUGAAAGCUUCCAGAACAAAAUGAAACAUGACAAACUAAUAGAAGUGUCCCCUUCUGUUGUUGAUUUCAAGAGAAGAAAUUGAACAUUUACAAAUAGUUUUAUUUCACCUUUCUUGCAAACCUUGUAACAUAUAAGUAGGUAGGUAUUACAUUCAAUAUAUUUCAUUUAGAAAUAAAUCAUAAGGUACUGAAUCUGCUCAUACUUAAUCAGACUCCAUUUCCAAUUCUUGGAUCUCCUCAGUCUCUAAUUCUUUGUCCCAAUCCUUCAUUUUAGCUCCCAUCAUGAAAUCAUCUUGCAGUACACUCCAGGUAGAUUCUUUUUCUACAGAUUUUUUUUCUUUUUUCCUUUCUUCCACUGGGCCCUCAACUCUUUGUGAUUUUUCUCCCAUCAACACAUCCAAGAAUGCUCUCUUAUCAAUAUUCUUCAGAACCUUUUCUUUCCUCACUUCCAAGGGGCCAGCUUCUUCUAGCUGUUUGCUGAUAUCUUUUUGCUGGGCUCUCACUGCAUUGAACAGUUGGACUACCCCCUUGGUGGCUAUUUUCUGCAGGAUACGCUCCCUGUCUUUCUCUAAUAUGUCUGGCUUCACUCUCAAACUUGAUAUUUCUUUUUU